AUCUCUUAGGGAGAUUUGUUUUCUUAAUCUUCAUCAAAAAAGUCUGAUGGCACAUAUAGUAGUUACUCAGAAAAAGAGACACUGGGGUAAAUCAAGCAAUCUUGCAGUAAAUCAAAGAAUUGCUUUGUAAGCAAAAGAAACCAAAGAUGCUUUGAACAAUCAGGGGAAUGUCCCUGCACGCUCAAAGAUACAAAGUGCUGCUGGUAGGAUCUGUGUACAAAGGUGGGCAGCCAGAUGAGGUUGAGUUCAAAGCAGGAAGAUCAGUGGAGUACUGUACUCACGCAGCAGCAGAGCCUGGGAGAAUGUGUCUUUGGCUUCUUCUUUUAAGAUUUUUUGAAAACGUACAGAAACUGUGACAUAAAGCCCCCACGCUGAAGUCUUCCUUCAUAAGCAGUUUUGUCACCGGUGAAGCUCUGGCACCUGGGAGGAAUAUUCUCACUCUCUCUUGACAACAUCAUACCCAGAGGGUAAAGAAAUUGACUGAGAGAGAAUCUACAUCAUUCUGCAAGAUUAAAAACAUGAUGGCAGUGACCUCGGACUAUGAAUCUAUUGCACCAGAUGAUUACUCAGAUGAAGGGCCCUGCAACCUCGACCCUAACCCCAUUGAGGUCAUCACCCAAACUUACAUCCACUCCAUCAUCUGUGCCUUCGGCCUGAUUGGUAAUGCUCUUGUGAUCGUCACCUACAUAUACUACAAGAGAGCCAAGACGAUGACAGAUGUCUAUCUCUUGAACGUGGCUGUGGCUGACUUGAUCUUUGUAGUAGCUCUACCAUUUAUCAUAUACAACGAGCAGCACGGUUGGUUGAUGGGUAUGGUGGCUUGCAAGAUUCUAAGGUCAGCCUACAGCAUCAACCUCUACAGUGGCAUGCUCCUGCUCGCGUGCAUCAGUGGCGACCGUUAUGUAGCUAUAGUUCGAGCCAGAAGAUCCUUCGGUGCUCGCUCACGCACUCUGAUCUACAGCCGCCUCAUCUGCUCAUCUAUUUGGGUGUUUGCAGUGGCUUUAACUCUGCCCACAGUCAUCUACACUGAGCUCUUCGAAGAGCAGACUCUAGGGGCUGGUUCCGGCGCUAUGAUGUGUCAGCUGCGUUUCAGCAUGAAUGAAACAGCAAAGCUAAUGAAGGUGCUGGUUCCAAGCCUUCAAAUGGCCAUUGGGUUCCUGCUGCCUCUGUCGGUGAUGGUGUUCUGCUACUCCAGCAUCGUGUGCACCUUGCUGAGAACGCAGAGCAGCAAGAGGCACAAGGCCGUCCGUGUGGUUUUGGCAGUUGUUGUGGUUUUCAUCAUUAGUCACCUUCCCUACAAUACGGCCCUGCUGAGUCACACUGUGUCUCUUUUUAAGGAAAGGAGUUGUGAGGAAGAAAAGAUCAAACUCCAAGUCCUGGCUGUUUCCAGGACCAUAGCCUACCUGCAUUGCUGUCUCAAUCCCAUCCUCUAUGCCUUCAUCGGGGUGAAGUUCAGGAGCCACUUCCAGCAAAUAAUGCUGGACCUGUGGUGCUUUAGCAAAAAGUACAUCCACACUGUUCGCUCAUCACACGGGACGUCUGAUGUUUGCACGACAGCUCGCAUGUCUUCAGAGGGCUCCAACAACAUGUCAUCCUUCAGUGCAUGAUACUGCUGUGUUCUUAAGGGGAUGAUUAGCAAUGCCAAUGCUGGAGCAGCCUCUCAUUUUUCCCAAGCUGUUGCUUUGCUGUAGCUGUGCAUAAGUAGCUUUAAUUGGCUUAAACAUGAAAUCUUUUCUCAGUAACCAUUAGUAGGUUUCCUUCAGUAUAAAACAACAUCAGACAGUUACUUUCUAGCUUAAUGCAAUAUGUAUAAUGUAAGUCAGAACAUUAAUACAUGUGAUUAAUAGCAAAGUAAAAAAUUUUUGGAAAUGGAAUAUAAUAUAAAUUAGUGUAUACCUGUCACCUGAAAAUAAAAAUUGUGUUUUCUUUA